UACUCAAAAAUGCCAAAUGAGUGGUUGUGUGUCUUGUAAUCAGAUUGAUAGAAAAAAUGGCAAAAACUUACGAUUAUUUAUUUAAAUUACUUCUGAUAGGUGAUUCUGGUGUAGGAAAAACGUCUAUUUUAUUUAGAUUUUCUGAAGAUGCGUUCAAUAUUUCAUUUAUAUCAACCAUCGGUAUUGACUUUAAAAUUCGAACAAUAGACCUCGACGGUAAAAAAGUAAAGUUACAAAUAUGGGAUACGGCGGGUCAAGAAAGAUUCCGUACGAUAACAACGGCUUACUAUAGAGGAUCUAUGGGCAUAAUGCUUGUUUAUGAUGUUACAAACGAAAAAAGUUUUGAAAAUAUAAAAAAUUGGAUUAGAAAUAUUGAAGAAAAUGCAAGUGCUGAUGUGGAAAAAAUGAUUCUUGGUAAUAAAUGCGACUUGGAUGCAAAGAGACAGGUAUCAAAAGAAAGAGGUGAACAAUUAGCAGUAGAAUAUCAGAUUAAAUUUGUAGAAACAUCCGCGAAAGACUCGUUAAAUGUUGAGUUUGCAUUCUAUACAUUAGCAAGAGACAUCAAGGCAAAGAUGGAGAAAAAACAGAAGGAGGCGAGUAAUCCGCCAGGUGGCAGGACCGGCGCGCAUCAGCUGAGAGCGAACGAGCAGCAACGCAAGCCCACGUCGUGGCUGUCGCGCUGCUCCGUCCUCUGACGACGCCCCGCCGCCCCCGCACACCCGCGCCAUGUACUCAUCUACUAAGGGAGCGUGGGUAGUCAGCCCACCACUAUAUUUUUCGACCUACACUUUUAACUGGUGCAACUCCGAGAGGGUAUAUCAGACUUGCUUUUGUAUUUUUAUAUCCGAUUAUUUCGUUCAGGUGUUAUCAAAUUGCGACAAUCAUUUGCUUUACGGAACUUC